AGACACCAGUGAAAGGGACUAGCAGCUCUUCUCGUGUCCUGCUCACCAUGGACGUCUCCACAGCCACGCUACUGCUCACCUGUCUCCUCCACGCAGCGACUGCCCAGGCGCCCUCGCUCUCCAUCGAGCCCCGGGGUGCAUCGGCACGUCUGGGGGAGACGGCGAUCUUCCACUGCCGCGCCAUCAGCGGCACACAGCCCAUCAAGCUGGAGUGGAAGAAGACCAACAACCAGCCCUUGGGAGAUAACGUGAAGGUCGGCCCUGACGGCACAGUGCUGACCAUCACCAGCGUUAAGGCCACCAACCAGGGAUCCUACCGAUGCAUCGGCACCAACAGCCAGGGACGAGGAACCAUCACAGCUUCGCUCAACAUCAAACAGUCGCCAAAGGUGCGCGUCACCCCUGCCAGCCCUGUAGAUCUCAAAGUGGGCAGAGCUUUGUCACUGGAAUGUCAUGCCACUGGAAAACCCCACCCCACAAUCACCUGGUACAAACAGGAAGGAACACAGCACACAGCACUAGUUUCCUCGACAACCACUGAUUCCAGUGCCCAAUAUAAGGUGGCAGCUUUGCGAGCUCAGGAUGGGGGCACCUACAUCUGUCGUGCCCAGAACAAGGAGGGCUCCACGGAGGUGAAGGUGCAGGUGCGAGUGGGUGGAGGGGCCUCUGAUGGUGCCCUGCCCAAGGCCACGGUCUCCGUAGAGGAGAUCACCGCCGUGCAGGGCCAGACCGUCACCAUGCAGUGCCAAGGCAGCGGUUCUCCUACUCCGGUAAUCUCCUGGUCCAAGUUAAGGGCUCCAUUGCCAUGGCAACACAAGGUAGUAGGGGGCUCCUUGACCCUCACUAACGUUGGGAGACAGGACUCAGGUCAGUAUAUCUGCACUGCCACUAACUCAGCUGGGGAGACGGAAGCCUAUGUGCAAAUGGAGGUGGAAUCCCCGCCCUACGCCACCACUCUACCUGACCAGGUAGCAGCUCGAGCUGGCGACGCCCUCCGACUACAGUGCCUAGCCCACGGCUCCUAUCCAAUCAAGUUUCAGUGGAGCAGAGGGGGUGGGGCCUCCCUUCCCUCUAGAGCCACAACCACCAGCGAGGGCGUGCUGCUGAUUGGUCAGCUGAGUUCGAGUGACGGCGGUGUCUACAAAUGCAUGGCCACCAAUCACGUGGGCUCCCAUGAAGCCCAGGCCAGAGUGACUGUGAGAGGCUAGGGUGUGAGGCGUCUGACACAUCCUGCAGGUGAUGGUCACAUUCCCCUGCUCCUUCUCGAAGCCAGACGCGCACACACCUACACACUUAAACACAUUCGCAGGCACACACACACACACACCGACACACAAAUACACACACACAUGCAUAGAAAUGAAUGCAUGCACAUACAGACAGGUGUGCACAAGAAAGAGAAGAACAUUCCAGAAUCUUCUUCUGAGGUUGUCUCCAUGUCAACCACAUGAAAAUCAAACAAUAAAACAAUAAAAGUCCCAGAUUGGA